AUGGCCACCCGCCAGCGCCACGGUUCCACCACUGGCCAGGGCCGACGUCGUCAACAGCGCCAGCAGCCGAGACAGCAUCAGCGCGCUGAACACCAUGCCCAACCAGCUAACGGCCAAGAGGACGAGGCCACCCAGCGCGGCAUCCAUGACGAAGUUCCCGUGGGCCUCGUGACGGGACCAUUCGUGGCGCCUAUCGUGGCACAACCUCUCUUCUACAUUCCACCUUCGAAUGCACCGGUGUACCAUCCAGUGGUGCUUCAGUACGAACCGUACGUGCCUUUUGUCGAAGACCGUGGUGUGGUCGCGGGGCCAGAGUACGUUCGACUCCUGGAGGCCUCGAUGCUGUGGAACCUCUACGGGGAGCAAGGUAGAGGCGAAGGACCACAGCGUGGUACUGGCGAGCCGCACGAAGGGGCCCACGAUAAUGCACCGCAGCAUAUGGUCGGCGCUGAGGAAGGCCACGGUGACGUGCAGCAGAACCCGGUGUCCGCGGAAGAUCCUUGGGAAGGCCUUGAAAACGAGCACUACGGCCCCGUCGUCACAAGCUAUGGGACAGUGUCCAUAAUGCUGAGGCAUUGUGUUCGAGUCGACAUCUCCGUGCACGGCGCCGUGCGGGUAGUGAACUUCCCAAAACACUGCACCGCAGCCAUUAACAGCGGCGGAGAGUGCAGUUGCAUCUGCCACCCUUGUGGCCGCGUGCUGCAGCAAGGUGGAAUCGUUCACAUGGCCACUGGAACACGGCUGGCCCAGAUCUCGAUCCGUGGGGUGACUUUUACGGCGUUCAACCACGGACUCGUCUACCUGGUUGACGCAUCUGGAACGAAGUCAACCACGGAGCGGUUCCAGAUCCUGUCCUACGACAUUCCCCUGAACGUGUUCGCCUAUGAGGUGCCACAGGGAGCUGAAUGCUUUGACGAAUGCUUCCGCAUCGUUCGGGAAGCCAAGCAGAAAACCUCCAGGAACGGUGAAGAAAUCUGGAUCGUGAACGGCGUGAGGAUCAAGCAGACCCCGUGGGGUGACGUUCAAGUGUCCCGUGACUCGGGAAGGCGCGUCAUCUGGACGUCGCCUACGGCAGGCACGAUAUCGGUGAACACGCCCAUCGUGAAGAGCGCCAUGAGCUGUGAUCCUCGAAAGUUCUUUUUCGUGAAGGUGGGUCAGAAGAGGCUCAACGCCAGCGCAGACGCCUUCACUGUGCGAAACGGCAGCCAGAGAGCGGGAUUCGACAGCCGUGGUCGCCUCAUUCUUCCCUGACCGAGCACGCCGGAGCUGUAGAGAACGUUGGGCACAAAAAA